UAUUUUCUUUUUUUGCGUGAAUAUCUCUAGGAAAUUAUGUAUUUUCCCUAACUUCAGAAAUCAAGUUCUCUAACGAUUAUAUGUCCCUAGAAAAUCAUGUUGUUUUUUCCCUAACGAUUAUUCCGGAAUGUGGUAACAAGAGGGUGAGAAUAAUAUAAACUUUAGGCGUGUCGGCGUCUAUCUUUUUAUGCUUUAAAGAAAAUUGUAUUAAAUAAAUUUUUUAUUACGCCAUUUUUAUAUCAUAUAAAUUCAAUGUUUUAAAAAAUGUACUUCCUACCCUAACAUGUUGGAGGUGCAAAAGUUUUCAUACAUGGAGAAUGCCCUUAUCAGUGGAAGAAGGUAUGUUCUUAUGGGGUAACAGGAGGGAGGUAGCCUUUGUCGGGGAAUGGAGACGGAGAGCGUAAAGUCGGGGGCUAGCGAGCAUAGCCAUAGCCAUCACAGCAGAACUUCACAAAAACAUCAUCGUACUCACAGUUCUAAAUCUCAUCAUAGACAACACUCACAUCGAAGUACCAGGACCAAUCGCAGUCAAAAGAAAGAGAGACAUAAUUUAGAUUCCACUGAAAUGGCACCGUUUCAAACAACUGUUAAUGUUAGAGGUGAUAGUGUUGAUAAUUUAGGUCAAGAAGUUAUAGAAGUUCAAAUUCUACCUCAGGAUGAAAACUGGGGUGAAAAUACUACAGCUGUUACUGGAAAUACAUCUGAUAGAUCGGAGUCAACUGAAGAUGUUAGCCAUUGGCCAAGCGAUAAUGAUGGAUCAUUCAAUUCAUGUAAUCGAUUUAUGGGACCUAUUAUAACAAUGAUUCUUGGGUUGAGUGCUUUUCUCAGCCCUAUAACUAUGGUUAUACUGCCUAAACUUGGAUUUUUUCCUAAUUCUACAAAUGUUUUGCCAAUGCAACAAAAACUGCAAUUAUUAUCAUGUAAUGCUGAAUGUAAAGGCCAGUUGUUAGGGCUAGCCUUCAAGUUGGUGCUAUUAGGUAUUGGAAGCUGGGCUGUGUUUUUACGUUCAAGAAAUGCUACUAUGCCACGUAUAUUCUUAUUUAGAGCAGGAGUGUUGCUUCUUACUACGUUAUGUAUUUGUACUUAUUGGCUAUUUUAUAUUGUUCAGGUUACUGAGAGUGCUAAGACAGCUGCUAAUGGUGAAAUAACAGAGUACAAAAAUUUAGUAAAUUAUGCAGGAACCCUUGCUGAUACUCUUUUGUUUAUUCAUUAUGUUGCUAUAUUACUAAUUGAAAUCCGACAUCAGCAGCCUAUGUUUUAUCUUAAAAUUGUAAGAUCACCAGAUGGUGAAUCACGAUCUUAUGCAAUUGGACAAUUAUCAAUACAACGAGCAGCAGUAUGGGUACUAGAAAGAUAUUAUACAGAAUUUCCUAUUUAUAAUCCAUACUUGGAAAGACUGCCGGUAUCAAAAUCUGGUAGAAAACAAUCAAGCUUCAAAUUUUAUGAAGUUGAUGGAGGAGUAACCAGUGGUGUUCAAUCACGAGGUGGUAGCGGAGACAGAGCAGUGAUAACAACUCAAACUCGACGUAGAGAUUCUAGCCAUAAUGAACGAUUUUAUGAAGAACAUGAUUAUGAACGUAGAGUAAGAAAGCGUAGAGCUAGGCUAAUCACUGCCGCUGAAGAAGCAUUUGCACAUAUUAAACGUUUACAUUCAGAAGUGGAGUCAACUCCAAAUGCAGGACCUAUGGAUCCUAUGGAGGCCGCACAAGCAGUAUUUCCAUCUAUGGCAAGAGCACUGCAAAAGUAUUUAAGGGUUACACGACAGCAACCACGUCAUUCCGUUGAGUCUAUUCUAAAUAGACUUGCCCGAUGUUUGGCUCAAGAUGCAGCACCACGUGCAUUUUUGGAACCUUUUUUCGUAACCAGUCCUGUUUUAUCAAAUGAGAAAGAGAGACAAAAACGAUCGCACCAUUGGGCUUUAGUCUGCGAGGGAGAAUUACCUUCACGAUCACUUGCUAACGGUUGCGAAUUUCAAUUAAGGCAAGGUGAAGUAGCGCUUUUAUGUACAGUAUAUCAUUUACCCCAUUUUCAUCUCACCGAACAACUCGCACAUCCUAAAUCUAAUAAAUUUUUGUUAAGAUUAAAUUCCGAAACGUCGGUCUAGUAACUUAAAUCAAAUAGCUCAGCUUUUUUAUUUUAAAAAACGGGGGGUUAAAGGAUAAUUUACAACCUCAUAUUUGUAUUCUUAAUGAAUACAAAAGUUACUAAAUAUCAAUAACUUUUUUACUGUAUAUAUUUGACAAAACAUCGUAAUAGUGUAUCUAUAAGUAUCGUGAAUUAAAUAUAAUUAUAGCAAGCAAAUGACACUAAAGCAUGCAGAAUAUAAUACUCAUAAAAGUGAUAAAGGUUUUCUAAAGUAUAUUUUGUAAUGGAAAAAGUUUCGUGAAGAGUAAGAUACGUUUUAAUGUAAUACAGUGAAAUCUCGAUCUACCAUUCCUUGAAUAACUGUUUUCCAUAUGUGUCGUUUAUUUCAUGCAAUCCCAAAUAAUCCAAUCCGAAAUCGUAUAUUUUCGCAUCUGUGGUUUUUUGUAUUUAUUGUUUAGCUCAAUAUCUUUAAAAACGAUAUAAGUAUCUCUGUACAAAAUGUUCUCCUUAGUGAAAUUAUUUAAUUUCUGUUUACA